GCCUGUUCAGCGCCUCCAGCAUAGGAAUGGAACUGGAAAUUGGUACGGAUCUACACUUGACCUCUGAAACAUGACCGGCACCGAAUCAAAAUAAAGGAGUGACGAUAACAGGCCAUUGCGCCAACCACCUCCCUUCUCUUCUUACCCAUGGCAGAGUCAUUUGGCGAGUACGCUCUCCCCACCGACACCAUAGCAGCAAUCCUUGGCACAUACCCUUUCUCCAUCGGUCUCUUUCGAGAAUUGAUUCAGAACUCUGAUGAUGCCAGGGCUUCGAAGCAGAUCUUUGUACUGGAUUCAAGAACGCAUUCGACUGGCGCCCUAUUUCAUGACAAGUUGGCCGGCACCCAAGGACCAUCUCUUCUCGCGUAUAAUGAUGCUCUCUUCACCCAGGAAGAUUGGGAAGCGCUGCAAAGUAUCCACAAGUCUUCAAAGAAGGCCGAUAACACGAAGAUUGGAAAGUAUGGUAUUGGAUUUCGGUCCUGUUAUCACAUAACGGACCACCCACAAAUCCUUUCUGGUACAUCGCUUGCUGUCCUGGAUCCUCAUCACCACUUCAGCGAGUCCGGCGGGACCAAAUUCAACUUUGUCGAGCUCGGAGACUCAUACGCUGACCACCUAACCUGCUUCGACUUCUUUCUACCUCCAGGCGCCUCCCGAACGCCCUUCCUGGGCUCUGUAAUUCGACUUCCCCUUCGUACCCCUCAAUCCCAGAGCAGCAUCAGCAACAAAGUCGUCACUUCUGGAGAAAUACGUACUCUCUUUCGUGACUUCAUUGAAGAGGAACUCGGCGUUUCACUUCUCUUUCUCAAGCACGUCUCCAAGAUCGAGAUACACGAGAUUGAUGAACAGGGAGUUCGAACCUUUCUCGCCGGCGUGUCCACAUCCAAGCGAUUGCCUUCUCAGUGGGAAAAGGAUGGCAGCCACACUACUUUGAUACAGACCAUCAACAUCACGUCUUCGUCCCGGAAUGAUACCAUAAUCUGGCGCAUCCUUCAAUCUUCAUUUGAUCAAGCCGAACCGGCGUCAUUGAUAUCGUAUAGAUUGGGACGGAACGCACGUCCUGUGCUGUCGAAACACAAGCUGGUCCCGUCGAUAUCACUCGCUGUCCCCAUGUCCAUCCUGACGGCCGAGCAGACAUCCGGUCGUCUUUUCACCUACCUCCCACUCCCUAUACGUACCGGAUUCCCAUGUCAUGUCCAUGGACUCUUCGCGCUGACGCAGUCGAGGCAGAAUCUCACCAACAAGAUGGAAAUUGGAAUUGUUCGUGGAAGCGAUGACAGUGUCCUUGUCGAAUGGAAUCAGUUACUCUUUGACAAGUACCUUCCUAAGGCUUGGGCUGCACUUUUCCCUGUACUUAUUAAACAAGAUGGGCUCAACGAGAUCUACCGAGCUUGGCCGGCUGCUCAACCGAUCGUGGAAACGGGUGAUAGCACGUAUUGGCAAGAUCUACCUCACAAUCUCCUCUCCGCCGUUGUAUCUUCAGGCGCAUUGGUCUGGCCACUCGUACUGCGUAGCCCUAAGAGCAAAGCUUGGAAUACGGAAGUUGCGGCCUUCCAGGAUCUCCGGUCUGUCAUCGUCGCAGGCAGUGCAAUCGAUGUCAAGGCCCUGCAGGCCUUAGUUGAUGCAGGACUGAAGAUCAUACAGCCCCCUGAAUAUAUCAUGAAAGCGGAUAUCAAUCAUACAGCAUUAACUCCGGACAUUGCACAUGCUGGGUUACUCUAUCAUAGAUUUGAGCUGGAACAGCUCGGCGCCUCGGAUACUACCGCUUCCCUGGCCAUUUUGGAGUACCUCAUAUCGAUGAAGCGUCUUGCGCUCAUCCUUGGCCUUCCCAUUAUCCCAUUAGUCAGCGGAAAAUAUGCUACUCUCCAACUUAACGCACCAAACAUUCACGUCCUACUAGAGAAGGCUGAUUUCAAUACGUUCCAAGGGUUCGAUCGUUCAGCUAUACCUUUGGACAGGCUUUCGAGCUCGGCUGGAGAGCUCCUGCUUUCACAGGGCGCUGACGGCUACAACCUGACUCGUCUUUGUCCCGAGCAUGUUGUGAGUUAUCUGCGAAUGUCUCCAUAUGGUAUAGAUUUUUCGACUGCCGAGAAAUCCUCCGACGAGACCACCAUUCUGUGGUUAUCGAAGUUCUGGGAAUGGUUAGGAGAGUGGAAUAGGAAGGAAGAACUUUUGCCAAUGGUUUCUCAGUUCCACCUUCUGCCCUCAAAGGAUGGAUCACUAGAACCUGUUGGAGAUGGGAUCUUCUCCGGAGAAGCUUUGGAGGCGUCGGCGCAGUCUGCGCUUCAGUUGCUGCAGAUUAAAUUUCUACACCCGAAAUUCUCAGUGGUUGCUCAGAAUGCCCUCAAGGAGUUAUCUGGUACUCUGCGACUCCCAGACGCAGACGUCCACUCGCUCCUUGACCGUACACGAUUCUCUGCUGGCAUCGGCAUAGACAAACAAACAGCUACCAUCAUCCUGGGCUUCUUAAUCCCUGCUAUCCUCGAUUUCUGCCGUACAGAACGCCUCAGUGUUAGCCAAAGGCGCAAGUUGCGAUCAUUACCGAUCUUUCCGAUCCUUGUCCCUUCGAGAGGCCUUAUCAAACCCGAAAAGACACCCAGGUUUUUGGGUAUCCCGCUGAAGGUCCCGAGGACGAACACGACAAAGGCUGUUGGUUGUAUUCCUGAUGGUGCCACCGUUUACGGGGUCACGGUUUCGAUAUCCUCACUGCUUCCACUCGCUGGUGACGUCAUCUACCUCGACGGGUCGGACAUCGACCUUGCCAUAUUGUCCCACAUUGAUUCGGAGAACAGCGUGCCGCUUUCUGACAUAGACAUUAUAGCCCUCGCUCUAGAACAUUUCGGCGAACAGUCAAAGUUCCUUCAGCAUGCGUUCCUCGAGGAUAUGGUUCAGCGACGCGAUAGCUUGCCUCCUCGUUUGUUGAAGAUACUCCAAACAACAAAGUUUAUACCUGUCAUUGACGGCUCCCUGCAGUCAGCGGAGCAUGUAAUUGAUCCCACGACGCCGGUGAUGGCUCUGUAUACGGACAGUGGUGAUCGUGUUCCGAAAUCGAUGGAUGACUCAGCAGGCUUCGUUUUGAAGCAGCUAAGGCUCCUAGGGAUACUUCGAGGAACUCUGACAAUGGAGAUUAUUCUUGAAAGAAUACAGCAUAUAUCUUCGAUACGCGAUUCUGAUCUGACGAACGCCAAAACGCUAUCGAUUCGCUUGGUUGACCUCUUAUUUACGUCUGGAUUUGACUGCACCCAGUUGGAGAUACCCGUGGAUGCAAAGUGGCUACCGACUAACCGAGGGAUGUUGAGUCACGAAGAAUGCUUGGAUCACGGUCUGCACCGCUCGGAACUGUUUGACGAGGUGUAUCCUUUGAUCGAUGAGACUAUAAACGUCUCCCAUUCUCUCCGGCUAGCACUGGGUUGGGAUAAACCACUGUCGUUUGCCACCUUGACCCAGCAGUUUAGCCUGGUUAUCAGUGCACGCGGCACGAAUGGCGCCUACAAGAAGCUUAGAGUCAUAAUAAAGGAGCUUAGUCGAAGGGUGCUCUCGGAGGAAGAUCUUACGACUUUGAAGGGGAUCACUGAUAAUCGUGCAUGGAUUCCGAUAAACUCUCGUUAUAUUACUACCACCAGUCACGCAGUUUUCUUCCUUCCGCUUCCCUUAGCAGGAUUCCAUGAAGUCCCUCUGGCUUUAGCAGACCGUCCUGAAAUCCGUGAGUUUCUGCUGAAGAUGGGAUGUACAGAGAGGCCUUCGAUUGAUAUUCUUGUGUCCGAGCUCAAUAAUCUGCACAAAUAUCCGGCUAGUCCAGACAAAACGCAGAUGGCUCUUUUGAUACUGAAAGCUCUCCCACUCAGUCUGACUGAAGAGGAACGUUCGAAGAUUCUCGUUCCUGACAUGUUUGGACAACUUCGUCCUGCUAGUGAGGUGUACUUCAACGACAUAGGUGAUCGGGCCUUUAUCGAGGCCGGAGACUUAAUACUAGCACAUCCGCAGUUGAAUGAACAGAUAGCAAAGCGCCUCCAUAUGAGCAGACUGGGCCUCAAAUUCCUUCACUUGAAGAAACCGGCUAUUGAUAUGGGCGAGAAGCUGACGACCACCAUUCGAAAUGUGUUGAAGCAGUACACUGAGCAGCAAACGCUAUCCGAGUUCUUCGCAAACGCUUCGGAUGCAGGAGCCACGGAGUUCAAGAUUUUGGUUGAUGAUCGUCAUGCUCCGUACGAGCGUUUGCUUUCACCCCUUAUGGCCCCAUUCCAACGCUGCUCAUCCUUGAUCGUUUACAACAAUAGUAUGUUCACGCAGGCGGAUUUUGAAGGCAUCUGUAAAACUGGAGUGGGCGGGAAGGAAGGUGAGACAAGUACGAUUGGACAGUUUGGUUUGGGGGCUCUUUCUAUGUUCCAUUUCACGGAACUGGCAAUGAUUGUCUCCGGCGAUAAGGUUCUGUUUCUGGAUCCGUCCAAGACGCACCUUCCACUUGAUGAUUGGGCUUCACUGCUCCUGCCCCUUCAGCAAAUGCAACGGAUGUACCCGGACCACCUCGCUGCGCUUGACGGGUUAUUUGACUUCAAGUUAUCAGCUACCACUUCUUAUGUCGGGACCCUCUUUCGAUUACCACUCCGAAAUGCUUCUCAUCUGAAUGAUUGCUCCAUCUUGAACGUUGGGCAAACUGCCGACUAUGUUCGAGAUUAUAUUGUCCGGCCAUACUGGAAGCAGGCACAGCAGUCCCUGUUGUUUACCAAUAUGAGAAGUGUCUCGACAUACUAUCGGCACAAGUCAGGUCGCGUCAUUAGCAGUUGGAAAGUAGAAGUGAAGGCGGAUUCCCCGACGACAUCCGACGGCAACUGUUCUAUUCGUAAUCGUUACAUCAUUGGAUAUGCAUCCCCAAAGGUCGAACCAGUGCAAGAGCGCUGGAUGGUGGUGACGACGUCCCUUCCUGCCACGAGCUUGCCCCCCGAAUUCAAUCCUUUGAAGGAACCCCAUCGCUUGCGAUCUCCUAUCAUCGUAGGGCUUGCCGCACGGACUACCGCACGAAGUCCUAGUAGCCACAAUCUUUUCUCCACGCUCCCGCUGCCCAUGACUUCCACGUUACCCUGCCAUCUCACAGCGUCAUUCAUCCUUACACCCGAUAGACGACAUAUCCGAUUUGACGAUUAUGACAACCUUGAGUCACAAUACAAUCGGUGGAUAUUGUCUACUGUAGCGCCGCCCCUCUAUCUCACACUUCUUGAAAACCUUCUGGUAUUGCUCGGGCAUAAUGACAUAUGGUGGCCGGGUAAUACGACACAGCAGGACAGUGUUACUCGGCUUCUUGUCGAACGGUUCUACGCAGAUGCCCUUCCUUCUUGUCGGUGUCUGGUUUGUCCCAGCCAUUUCAAUCCGACAACUCGUAUGUGGCCUUCAGAUGCCGUCAUUCUCGGGAACCAGCCUGCCUCGGUGACGCAUGUACUCGAGCUUCUUCGCCUGCCCCGAUAUGUCUCAUUCCCUCCCAUCAUCCGCGAGCGUUGCUCAGGACACAUCAAAAUGUUCAAUCAAGAGGUCUUGAGAGACGAGAUCGCUUUGCGUGGUUUCAGUUUGAUUGCCGGAUUUGAGACAAGAAAGCUCACGAUAACUGACAUCCAAAGUCUUCUUGACUACUUGUUGGAAGAGCCGUUUGUCAGUUUAAUGGAUCUUCCUCUUCUGCCUUUGGCAAAUGGGACAUUAGUGCCUCUACAUCCAGCCGACUACAAGAAGAAACAUUAUAUAUGGAAGGUUGCUUCCGAUAAGCACACCCUUUUCAACCUAGGAGACUUGGUGCAUCCAGAUUUCGAUGCCAGCCGACUGACGGGGAAGGACUAUAAUGUCUCACAGCUUCAUGCCUCGGACGUUGUGGACUUGAUACGUCCCUUCAUUACGGAGGCCGAUAUAUUCAAUGCGAAGAGCACCACGGACGAUGCAUGGAUCGAGCAGUAUUGGAAAGAGUAUCCCAGCCUGAACAUGGAUCCCGAUGUCGACGCUCAAGAUUUUCCAUUAAUUCCCACCGUCCGUCCUGAACAUUACGUUUCCAUGAAAGCAUGCAAAACCCUUCCCGAUGUUGUCUCAGUCGGUAUCACAGAACCUGAUUGGCUCCCCGAUUGUUUAGACAGACUAGGCUUAUCAGUUGUCCUACGGAACGAUGAGAGACUACCUACAUCUGUGCGCGCUGUCAUACAGGCUCAGCUGCCCAUCGGUAUCGACCAAAUCAUCAAACUAUUUGCGAACAAAACUUCGCCAUUCAGAACACUGGACGAUGAAAUGCUCGCCGAGUUCGCAGGAUGGUGCCGGGACAAGAUCUUUCAAUGCUCUUCGGAAUCUAUCGAAGCCGCUCGCUCGCUCCCCAUCUGGCCCUCUCCUUCGCAAGAUGGCAAGCGGUACCUUGCUGCGAAGAACGAGCAAAUGGCCAUGGUUCCUUACCAGUUUCCUCAUGAUGUCAUCAAUCCAUUCAUGAGUUCUUCCUGUGUCGAGUUUUUUCCAGGUCUUCGUCAUCUGGGCGUGUUGCCAGUGACCUUGGAUGAUCUGUGGAAAAAACUUAAGCUUCCCAAAGAACUUGGUCCCGACGAUACGCCUGCUUAUAAGCGGCUGGUCACUGCCCUCAUAUCGGACCAAUCCUUCACAAUUCGGGAGAUACCCCUUCCCGACGGUACUCGGCGACUUGUUCCGUCAAACACGUUGUAUGAACGAGCUCCCCUCUUCACUGCCGCUUUCGGGUCGUCUGAAGUGCAUUUCAUUCUUGAAGAGUUCAUCGACCUUGAAGCUCGGCUCGGGCCUUUUGGACUAAAGAACACGAACAACCUAGACAUUGCUACAUUCUUGAUUUGUGCGACCUCGAUUAACAACGAUGUUUCCGGUAGAGACCGAGACGAGCGAGCAAGACUAGUUUUCAAGGCUUACUGUGAAGACCUGCCUCUUCGUAUUGCUGCCAGCGAAGAUCAGUCGUGGCGACAGCUGGAUAACCUCCGUUUCAUUCCUCGACUGCCUCUCAGACAGAAGUUGAUGGGGAUUGCGGAAGUUUCUCCUUAUGUCAAACAUUUGCCUCCGGUGAUCUCUCCAAAUGAGAUGAUACUGCCCGAGUAUGAGCCUAUUGCCUGGACUCGGCGUGCUAUCUGCACGGUUCGACCCGCCGAAAGGGUCCUCCUAGCAAAUCCUAGUCUUGGGAAACCGACCAAUUCUGAUGUGAUCCAACAUCUGCGCGUGCUUGCUUUGGAAGUAGCAAGAGAUCAUCCUUUUGACAGGCAUCUACUGUUCGACCUGAACGCUACCUACAAUUGGCUCGAUGAACAUCAAGAUGAAGUCGGGGAAGAGAUGAUCGAUUUGCAUCAAGAACGUCUUUUCUUGAACGUUGACGAUCCAAAUAGCGACGUCUGGGUGUGGAACUCUGCAGACGAGAUGUUCUUCAACAUCACCGAAAACGGAGAAUUCAAGACUGUUCACAAAUUCCUGGAACUCUACAGGGACCUCUUAUACGUAUCUGGCGUGGAGAGUAUAAACGAUCCUCCUCGUCCUGAACCCGUCCUAUCGUCGGUCGAGACACAGUUCUCUAAACUGAGAGAGGGAUUCAACACGAUGAGGCUGGAGGACAAGUUAACUGAUGUUGUGUUUGUCACAGAGGAUGGUCAACGCUUUGCAGCUCACCGAUCUUUUUUGUCGCCGAUGAGCGAAUAUCUACGCGACCUAUUCUGUGGAGAAUUCACUGAAGCCGGUCCCGCUUCUGCAGAUGAACCGAUCGAAGUUGGCGUAGAAUAUCCAGGAAAGUGUCUGAAGACUGUGUUAGACUUCAUAUACACUGGAAGUGCGCCUGAUCUUGAUGAUAUCGGCCUUUCUGUUCUCCUAGAUGUCCUAGACCUGUCGCAAUAUUGGGGUUUCACCGAACUAAAUGAAAUUACCCAAGCCAGAAUCAUCGGAGGGAGCUUUAUUAACCCUGUAACUUUUGGUGAUAUUCUUCAUCGUGCAACUGUCCUCGGUGCGAAAUUCCUUCUCGACGCUUGCGAAUAUUAUGAACGCGAGAACAAGGACGCUAUUCAGAGACUUCGCGGAGAGGGUAGAGUUCGCAGGAAAAAUCCACGACAUAUCCCAGUCAUGAAGAAGUCUUCACCGAUUAUUCCGCUGGAUAGCAUCGCUCCGAUAAAUAACAAACCACGACCUCGAAGGGUCCGCAGAUUCAUGCACCGGAUUUCGAUGAGCUUCUCGCGUAGAUCAAGAGUUGUAUCGCAAUCUCAAGCGGGUUAGAUCCAAGAAUGUAUGUUUAUAGGCAGUGUUGUACCGAUAGAUGAUCCAUGUUGUAAAUUAGUAUCAAUACGAUGUACUACUAUCUCUUACUUAUCAUGCUGAAGUACUAGACACGUACGGAACGUGGCAGUUACUCUUUAGGAAAUACGCCGC